AGAAUUCACAAAUAUUGAAAAUGUGACAGUUGAACUAAAAUAACUUUAAAAUGAAAUUAUUUACUAAGCUUGUGAUCUUGCUCUUGGGCCUUUUUAUGCUAAUGGAACUUGGAGCCUCUUUUAUUGUUAAAAAGAGUGCUCAUGACCCACCACAAGGUGGACCACCUGGACCACCCGGAGGCAAAAAAGAACUAGCAGCUUUCCAUAGUGUUGUUAAAAGGAGUGCUGAAAAUGGUUCACAAAACGGACAAGGUGGGAAAGGUGGACAAGGCGGACAAGGUGGAAAAGGUGGACAAAACGGUGACGGUCAAGGAUAUGGACAAGCUGGAAAAGGCGGACAAGGUGGGAAAGGAGGAAAAGGCGGAGGCGGUGAAGAUGGCCAAAAUUAACAAAACGGUGAAAAUUCAUCUUUAAUAUAAAUCUUUAACUUUUAUU